UGGGGCACUUGCAAAGCAAUAUACUUGUCAAGUGCAUGCUUACUAAUUUUCUGACAGUUUUAAAUGAUUUCGUGUUAUUAAGAACAAUUUAAUUGUUCUACAAAACACCUAAGCGAUAUAGGCCUAAAUCAAAGAAAUCUGACCUACUUCAAUGACUUGUCAUUGAUCUACUUUUGAUACUGUUACACCGGAAGUUGCAUUGUAUCUAUGGAAGCCACCUGAAAUUCGGGUUUUUCAAAAAGGAAUACAAUCUGCAAGAGGACAUGAUAUUGAGAGGAUAGGGCCGUAAUGAGUGUGAUAACUUAUGACAGGGAGGAGUCUGUCCUCAGGGGACAGGUACCCCUACUCAAGUUCAAGGAAUAUUUAGGGACUUUGAAGUUAGAUGAAGUGACAGACAUAGAUUUCAGCAACAAUGGUUAUUGCACUGACUCUGUGAUCAAAGUGAUUCUGGAUUAUAAAAAGGACACGAUUCUGGGGAAUUUAAAGUCAGUGAAUUUGACAGGAUGUAAAUUGGUGACAGACCAUGGCAUAAGGUGGCUGGCACAGAUUAUAGCAGGAGCCCCUGUCAUAUCAGUUAACCUAAAUUCCUGCAAUAAAGUCACAGAUGAUGGACUGUUUUUUGUGAAUGAAAGCCUGGGUAACAGCACAGAGAAGACGUCAUUCCCAAAGAUAUCGGUGCAAGAUACAUCUGUUAAAUAUGCCUCUUCAAUUAAAGGGAAAAUACUGGCUGGACACCCUGUUUUUCCAAUUGUUGGUGAUGUGGUCAAUCACAAAACAGGAAAUGUGUUGGUGGUCCCCCACCCCAGCGUGAAGCAGAGCCUGGGUAGUUGCCUCAGUGGGGGGUCAGGCUCCACUGGUGAGGGUCCUCAUCACUACCCUCAAGUCAAGUUUGAGGAUGACUGGAAAUUGAAUGUAAAUGAAGUCAGCAUGAAUAAUCCAUUGUUUGAUGUGCUAGCCAGAAGCAAUCCACCUCAAGUUGUCCUUCCGUUUGAUUCGUCUGCCACCCCAAAAGAGAUUUCAGCUCAUAUCAGAGACGCCAUUACUAGAAUAUCAAUGAGGGAAAAUGGAAAUCCCGAAAUGGAAAGCCACAGGAGAGAAAAUAAUAUCGCCAGUUUUGACAAUGCCCAGUGCUUCAUGGACAAGAAGGUCGUUUCAGGGCAUGAUUUUGACAUAGAGACUGGAAUAUUACAAACAAAAGUGUCUAAAUCAGAAAAAAAUGAACUUGGAUUUUACUUCUCAAGACAACCUUUUUCCAAGUCUUACCCAUACUUUGAAAUUGAGCUCAUUGAGUAUAAAGGAGAUUUGGAAAAACAAAUGACAAAUGUGGAAGAAAACAGUGAUGAUCAAGUUUUCAUUGGUUGUUUACAUGAACAGACUUUCAUAAUGAGAAAUAUAAAGAAAGAAACUGGCUUAGCAGAUGGAAUGACAUUCCCCUUUAAAAGGAUUGGGGACAGGUAUGGUUUUGGGAUCAAAGGAGAAUGGCAGUCGGAAUACAUGCCUGGGGAAGGCUGCAGUUUUUACAGCACCAUCAAUGGAGUUGAGGCCAGUUAUGAUAAAAUGUCAUCUACAGAGGCUCUGACAACUAGGAACUAUUACCCAUUGGUAUCAAUCAAGUCAUUACACUUGGCAAAAGUGAAGAUUCUGCACUACUCACCCCCGCCAAAGGAGUUUUUGUCAGUCAUGAAAGCAGAAAAAAGAUGGAUUAGUCCUUGCUACUUAUUUAACAUGGCAAUCAGUAGAAAUGGAUUGAUGAGUACCUGUGCAUUCUCAAAUCGUACAGAAGACUCGCAUUAUAUUUCGGAGUCGCGUGUUGGGACCCUUGACACUCCGUUCACUUCCUGCACAUUCAAGGUGGAGGAUCCAGGGCCACAGUCCAAAGUUGUGUUUGGGAUUGGUAAACAGACCCAUGUAUUUGGAAACAACAAAGAAUAUCUAGCCUUCAUCUGCAUGGACGGAGGUGUGAAGCAUGGUGACACAACAGUGAAACUGCAUGAAGUUAAUGCCAAGAGUUCGGUGCCAAAUGAUGAGAUUACAUUCAAAUGGUACAUAGAGAAACAAGACGAAAGUUUUGAAGGCACCAAGGAAUUUAAAACAGAAGUUUACCUGAAUGAAAAACUGUAUUGUGAAUACGAAUACCCUUACACAUUUGUUGGAGGUGUGCCACAAGAAAUAAUCCUUGCGAAGUUUGUCACAGGAGGUGUGAGGAAAAUAAGGUUAAUGCAGCACCUGCCAUUAUACAGGGCACCUGGAGUUUUCCGAGAUCAGAUAACGCUUGGGUACUUGAGGAGAGUGAUUAUCUCGGAUGACGGAACAAUGGAGUGUGGAGCACAACAUGGCAUUAACACCUUUGGAAUCUUUGUGGCAAAAACACAGUUUAACACGUCCUUGACCUACUUUGAGAUGGAGGUGAUUGCAUGUCCAAGUCGAGUGACCAUUGGUGUGGCCCAUUAUGACAAGCCUCCAGGAUUUUAUCUCGGGAUGAACCAAUGUGAGAUUGGACUCCACAACACAUCGGAAUUGUCUCAGAUUGCAUUAGGAACCAAAAAGGAUUCUCGAGCAUACUCAGUUGGCGAUGUAGUGGGAUGUGGAGUUGAGGGAGACUUUGAUGAUGAUGGCUUUCUGGUACCAGAGCAAGAAAUUACAGUAUACUUCACCAGAAAUGGAGACAGGAUUGAGACGACCAAACUGAAAUAUGUGUCGGAUGGACUGUAUCCCUCCAUAAUGGUGGAAAAACCUGGCUGUAAAGUACGAGUUCUUAAUUACUACUCUGAGACAAAGGCUGAUAGAGAGGCUGUCCUGCUGGCCAAAAAAGAAGCCUCAAAAGCUGUUGAAACGAAUGAGGAAAAAAUUCCAUUCUUUGGUCCUCAGUACACAGUGGUAGGCGUGGAGUCAGGCUCCUCGGAUGCUGCUGGAAAAAUCCAGAUCCUCAAGAGCAUGGUGACUGUGGAAGACCUGGCCAGCUCUAAAGAAGUUCAACAAAUCUCAGAGAAGAAAAAGGAACUGGAGGAGAAGUUUUCGAACUUGACUCUGGAAGAACAGAUAUAUUAUUCCAAGCUCUGUGUAGCAGAGGAAAACAUCAAGAAGCUGCAGGCCCAUCCAGAGAGAGUCAACUUCAUAACAGCUGAUACCAGCAGUAGCAAGGGCAUGGUAGAGUUGAAAAACGCCAUCCAGAAUACAUUCAAAGCCCUCGGUUCCCACCAGAAACUGAAGUAUGUGGUCAGCAAAACUAUUCCUUAUGUGGCAGAGAAGAUUGGUCAGUGCAUGCAGAAGGCCAAGCUCCUUCCAUGUUUGUCAUCAGAUGAACAAGAACUGAAUCUUUUGAAGGAGGUACAAAAGGGCAUGGAAGGGAAUUUGUCUGGGACUAUGGUGCAUCAUAUGUUGGACAUUCUUCAUGAGCAGGGAGCAUUGUUGACAGUGAGAACAGGGGGUUCAACUCUUGCCAUUGAUAUUGGGUAUGCUGGGGAAAUGGUUACACGACUGGAGAAGUUCUCAGCCACAGAGACCAUGUCAGCAGGGAAAAUGACAUCAGCCAUUGGCCAAAACUCUCACGUGUGGACAAUGAAAUCACUGGUGUCUAAAAUCAUCAAGGAGAAUGAACCUUCAAAGAUCUCCCAAAUUCUUCAGUUUUUGGAGGGCUACCUUGGCCUCAUCAAAGUUCCAGUGUGGAGAGAAUCGGAGAAAGAUGAACAGUAUUUGUACUCCACGACUGGUAACUUGUCACCUCCACCGGUUAAACUGAGAGACUUUUGGAGUAAAGGGGAAGCUACAAAGAACUUUGUGGUCCUUCAGAAGACUUACAGUUUUGUUCAUGGCUUACCAGAACACCUGAUUUCCCUGGUUCUGGCGGCCACUUCCCGCUAUGGGCGCCUGAUAGCUAUGACAAGUGAUGGGGCAGUUCUACAGAUGGGAGCAGUACAAACAGCCAUUAUUCAGCACACGGGCAUUAUGGAUUUAAUAAUGACAGAUGUCCAACCACUGCUGGAUAAGAAGGUUCUGUCCGUGGAAUCCAAGUGCUACAUGCCGGACAAGAAGAGUGACCUUAUGAACGAGCUGACGGAGAGCUAUGUCUGGGAUUACACAUUCCGUAUCAUGUGUCUGUACACGGAUUUCAUUGAUCGCAUCAUCCGUUGGCAGGGACUGGUGCCCCUGAUCACACACAAUUAUCCCACAGGCAUCGUGAAUGUAUCUUUUGGUUGUAUACACAACUGGUCUCCAUUUUCCAAUGUACAACAAGUUCAGUCCGUGUGCACACUCUGUAACCGCUGUUGUGAGAAGGGAGAUAAAUGUGCAUGGAAUGGAAUCAUGGGUAAUUACUUCAGGGAAUGCUGCUGCGAGACAAAACAAACAGGAUGUGUUGACUGUGGAAUAUGUGUCACAUGUGCCAAGGAAAUGUGGAAUUUACGAAGUGAGCUUAGACCAAUGCCGUUAGUGUACAACAAAGAUAGUGAUAUUCCUUCUGUAGGUUUGAACCCAGUGACCUUUGAUGAAAUAGAGAUAACCAUACAGAAUGGAUUGUGUCCACCAAUAUGUCUGAAAAAUGAUCAAAGUGGUUCAGUGAUAUUGGUGGCUCCCGGCAAGCCUGCCGCACUACAAGGCAUAGAAGCAGAUAAAAUGAAGGAAAAAAUUGAGGCCCUUAUCAAAGAAACAAAAACUUCAAUAAAAGUAGCGGACAAAGUCAAACUGAGAAUAAGCGAUCCUUUGGGUGCUGUGAAUGUUCACAAAGGUGACAUGUCACAGAAAAGUGUCCAGAAGUUUACCUACUAUGCUGUUCAGUCUCGAGAAGUGACCGUAUUUCAAGAAGCUGGAAUUUUGUGUUAUAAUUCUUUUUCACCUUCCAUGCCUGUCGGACAGUUCAUUGGCCCAAAACCAUUCUCCAAUGUUUUCCGGAGUUUCUCCUUCAAAAUACUUAACGAGGGUAAGGACAAAGCCAUAACAAUAGGAAUUGCUCCAUCUUUCUACGAGGCCAACAGACAGCCAGGAUGGAACAGAUAUUCCUUUGCUUACCAUGCAGAUGAUGGAGGGAUUUUCCUAGAAACAGGCUACUCAAGGUUUAAAAAAGAAGUUUGUGGGAAAGGAGACAUAAUGGGUGUGGAAUUUGAUGUUGACACAAGAAUUGUCAAGUUCUUCAAAAAUGGAACAGAGGUUUACUCUCACACAAUUAAUGUGAACCCUAGGGAUGGGUAUUAUCCGAUGAUAGGACUGCAUUCCCCAGGGGAGUGUGUCAAGUUGUUGGAAGUGCUUCCAUGGAUGCCAGACUCAGCAGACAAGGAAAAAGCAAAGAAACCUGUAACAUUUGAGACUAAAAAUCUUGGCAAUAUAAUGAUAAAUCCAGCCAGAUCUGUGAGCAUGACAAAAUAUGGAACCCGAGGUUACUAUGGGUCAGUCAUCUUCUACAACCCAACCUCAACCAAAAUCGGAAUCAAGAUUCCAAAACCACCGAUGCACGAUCAGGCUCUGGAAAAAUUGGAUUGUGCAACAGUUGGAGAAGUUCAAUACCUGACGAUCAUCCUAGACCCUAAGGAUGUAUUUCACCUGUAUACAUUUGCUCAAGAGAAAGAAAACAUAAGGGAUGUAGAUAUAUUUUGGACUGCACUUGACAAGCACAAGGAGUACUCUCCUACAGAUAUAAUCAACAUGGAGAAGUUCUCAGAUUACAAGUUGCUCUGUGAAGCUUCUGUGACCAGUAAUGUUAACAAUGUGACCCCACUGAAAGAAUGUGUCCCCAAUGAAACUCCAGAGGAAAGCAUGUACAAGCUGCAAAUAUUCAAGAGUGCAGAACUGAUUGGGGAAUACUGGCUUCCCGUGGAGAAUUACAAGCUGGAAAUUCCUUAUACCACUGGCUCCUACACCAUAUCAGCACCAAAAUGUCCUAAUUACUUAUACCCAGGGAAGUUACAAAGAGGAAUGAAAUUAUUGAUUUCACUGGACAAUGAUGACAAGCAGCUGGUAGAGGCAGUGAUUACUGAGAUCUAUGAGGGUGGUGGGUUCUGUUUGGAGUAUACUCCAGACGGUGCUGAAGAAAAUGAGGUCAUCUGCUAUGAUGCAGAAAUGCUUGGAGUAAAGGAAGAAGAUUAUGACCCAGAAAAGAAGAUACUGUUGUAUAAGUCAGACUCUGACAUGAAAUUUUUGACAAGAACGUAUAUUUCUGCUCCAACUUAUCUCAUAUCCAAGGGUGGUGGUAAAAUUCUGGAUAAAAUUGAUGGAGACUGGAAAGAAGACGCAUUUACAACAUUUGCAUCUUGUUUUCAAGAUGUAAAGAGGUUCACGGUUCAAGAACAGCAUGUGACCUACCACGCCCACACCCUGGCCAACUGGUUGACGGGAUAUGGCUCCAAUGGCCAUGUAGACGACUGUUUCGCCUUCCUGCCCAGUCAAUUAAAUGCGGACAUGCUUCUGUAUCCUUCCGUGUCAAAUCUGUUUGAGGACCUGGCGGUACAUCGCCUGUGCUUCUUUGUUGACUUGCUGCUUCAUUUUCAACCGCAGAAAAAGGUGGACUUGAGAAUUCCGAUCCACUUCAUGGACAUGCCUGGCAUCUUGCCAAUAAGUUCUAUUCCACUGGAUCUAUCCUUCUGUUGUAACUUCCAGGGCUGGAUAUACCUAGCUCUGAUUGGUCAAAAGCUACUGCUGCCUGCUUACACAAACCUGUUUUCAGGCAAACAGCUGUCAUCAGCUGAAAUGGGUGAAUUGGACCGCAAAAGGAUUGAGAACCUGCUCUCCCAGCUGCUGUCUACAUAUGCUUCCUUAUGCAGUAUAUAUGCUGCUCAACAUGGUGGCUUACCCAAUCAACAGAACCCUGCCUUUGGAUCGGAGAAAGUCGUCAUUUUGAUAAAAAAUGACGACAUAGCACCAGUCGCUUAUUCAGAGCAGACGAUGAAAGAAAACCAUAAACUCAUUCGACAGGGCCGAAAAAGAUCAUGUAAAGCUCAUAUCCAUGCUAUUGUCAAAAAUGAAUUGCUACCCAUCGAAGAUGUGGGUAUGAGUUAUGAUUUGUUUGAACCUUACAGUGAGCUAGUAAAUGCUUUUGAAUGGGAUGUUCCAAAUUUAGCCUGCAUUCCAAGUGAUUUCUUCACAAAGUUCCCAAAUCUUCAGUAUUUUUCACUGGAAUCCGGCCUAUUGGAGCAAGAUAGAAGCUGUCCCUCUGGAGCGUCCCGUCUGCCUGCUCUAGAAACAGUCAAGCUUCAGAAUGUCAAUAUCAAGGCAUUGCCCAAAGAUAUUUUUCAAGUACCAGAGUUAAAGACCUUGGAUAUGACCAAUCUUCCUCUGAGAAGUUUAGAUGUGGAUCUUCCACACAGCUCCAAGCUGAAAAAACUAGUGAUUCAGGGCCUUCAGUUUACCUCUGUCCCCAAACAGAUUUGUAUUCUGAAAGAACUGGAAGAACUCUACAUUGAUUACAAUCCUAUCGUUACACUGCCUAAUGAAAUUCUGCAGCUGACCAAUCUCAAAAUCCUCUCUGUGAAAGGAAUUCCUUUGAUAACAUUUGAGGGAAAUAAAGAGAGCAUUACCAAAGAUCAGUUCUUCAGCUGGCAUGAACAACAUCCCAUGAUUAUCAACCACAUCUCCAAAGAGGGUGUGGCCAAACUGUUUGAAGAAUUUGACCAAAAUAAAAACAGUGCAUUAGAAAUCAAGGAACUCGCUCAGAUGAACCUUAAACUUUUCUUCACUGUUCCAAGAUUCGGUAUUGUUGGAAGCAACUUGAAAAGUGGAGGAAUUCCUCCAGUCAUCUUUCAGUUAAAGAACCUACAGGAGCUUUAUUUAGAUAACCAGGGUAUUCAGGCAGUACCAGCAGACAUUGAAAACCUGAGCAACCUGCGUGUGCUUAGUCUCACUCACUGUUUGAUGCUUCAGAGCAUAGCAGCCCCCUUAGGGCUCAACCCUAACCUCAAGAAAUUAAACUUGCUCAGUUGUCCAUCUUUGAGAACUCCUCCCCUAGAGGUCGUUGGUCGUGGAUUUGAGUCAGUGAAGGCUUACUUAAAAAGACUUCACGGAGGUUUUACAGAGUGUCGGAGGACUAAACUCAUGUUUGUGGGUCUUGGUGAAGCCGGCAAAACAAGCUUGCUGCAAGCCUUAAUGAGCUCCUCUAAGAAAACAGCAGGUACUCAGAAUGCUCAGUUAACGGACGGAAUCGACAUCAAGACGUGGACCGUUAAGUCAGAGGAUGGACUAGACAUCACUUUCUCUGCCUGGGACUUUGCUGGACAGACAGUGUAUUACAACACUCAUCAGUUUUUCAUGUCAAAGAGAGCUGUGUACAUGUUGCUGUGGAACAUGAGAAUGGGAUUUGAACAUGCUGGAUUGGAUUUUUGGUUGAGCUCCAUCGCUUGUCACGCACCUGACACGCCCAUUCUGGUCAUAGGGACACAAUCUGAUCAGGUUCCAAAGCAAGAAAUUCCUGAGAAAGAUUUAAAAUCAAGGUAUCCCCAGAUCCAGAGUUUCCAUUAUGUCAGCUCUCUCACAGGAAGUAAAAUCCCUGAGCUUCAGAAAGAACUGCUGUCGGUUACACUGAGCCAGUCCUACAUGGGAGAGAAAAUUCCUCAAGUCUGGCUCAACCUGGAGAAACAGAUCCUGGCUGAACGAACAAAGAAAAGCAUAUUGGAUUACAGUGUCAUUGAGGAUUUUGCAAUGGAACAUGGAAUUUUUGAUGAUAAAGAUGUGAAGCAGGCCAUUAAAUUCCUAGACGACCUUGGGACUGUGCAGUACUUUGAUAAUGACUUCCUGCGGGACAAGGUGGUGAUCAAUCCACAGUGGAUCGUCAAUGUGAUGGCCUGUGUGGUGUCAGUCAAACAGUCCCCCAUCCAGAAUCAUGACGGUCGAUUCCUUCAUGAACACAUCAAGGACGUUUGGAAAAGCUAUGAUGAGAGCCUACACAACUGGUUGUUGAGUUUGACUGAGGAGUUUGAUUUGACCUUCCCCCUCCCAGGAAAACCCAUCAACAUUGUUCCUUGUCUGCUGCCAUUAGAACAACCCCCUGAGCUUCAGUGGCCUGCUGUAGAUAUGGAACAUGGCAUCAGAGAGAACAAGAUGUUGUACAAGUUUGCCUAUCUACCAGCAGGUCUAUUUAACAGAGCACAGGUCAGGCUGUUCAACUUUUCUGAUGGAAAGAUCAUCUGGAAAAAUGGCUCUUACUUGAAAAAGAACAAGCAUUUAGCCUUGAUAAGACAAGAAAAUGACUCUGAGUUGACAGUCUUGGUCCAAGGCCCCAGACCUGAGAACAUUUUACUGCUGGUCCACGAAGUGUUUGAGAGCUUGAUCCUGGAGUCCUUCCAUGGCGUGGUCUACGAUUAUUUUGUACCCUGUCCAGACUGCAUCAGCAAAGAGGGAACAAAGGAUCCAUGUUUGUUUAAAGCGGAACUAAUACGCAGAGCCAAAGAUCUAAAGGCCCCCUUCCUACAGUGCACCAAGUACUUCCACACUGUGUCCAUGGGUCAGCUACUGGCCAUGAUGCCAGAAGACAAGGACUCUGACUUUGACAUUCACCUCCAGCACAGCAUCAGUGCCCUCCAGUCCAUUAACAAUGCCAUGCAGUACGACGUGGUGGUUCUCUACUGCUCCGCCGACAUCCCCUCCGACAGCAACCCAGGCAUCGACCCAUUUAAAAUCCGCGAAGAACUCAAGAACUGGGGAUUUUCUGUGUACAUGCACGAUGACCUUGAAACAGCCAAAUUGGAUGAGCUGACUCUAGCUGUGAAAAACUGCAAGGUGGUGGUUUGCUGCGUCUCUGACCAGUUUGAGCAGGAUGAGAAGUGUCGAGACAUGUUUCUGUACAUCAAGGAGCAGCUCUUCAAGAAGUUUGCCAUCGCUGUCAUCAGAGAGAGUCUACAGUGGAAGCACUCGGAACUCGGCAUGAAGAUAGGACAGCCAAAAAUGUGCAUGAUCAGGACCCCCGAGAGAUUUGCAACAAAGAUCAAUGAUCUUAAAGACAUAGUGGAGGAUCACAUUGCUGGGUUGGAGAUGAUGAAGUCAGACCAUCCAGACAUAUUCAUCAGUUACUGCUGGCAGAACUCCCAAGAAGCAGUUAAUAAUGGCACCCAGGCCAGGCAUGGAGCCCUGGGCUACGGAGAUCCAAGAAAGAUCAAGGAAUUCCUGGAAAAGAAAGGGUUAUCCUGCUGGCUGGACAUUGAACAGAUGGGAAAAUAUGGUCUCUACCAGGAAAUUGCUAUUGGACUUCAGAACUGUAAAGUCAUUGUUGCUUGUGUCUCAGAUGAGUAUGUGGAAUCAGAUGCCUGCAUGAUGGAGCUGAGAUUUGCUGUGUGUAACAUGAAUCUACCACUGGUGGUAGUUGUGGUAGGAACCGGUGACAAGUGGAAGAGGUCAGAGGUUAGUUUAUUGAUGAGGCGAUCCGAUAAAGGAGCUAACAAAGUGUACAUGCAGAAAGAAAAUCCAGAGGGGUAUGAAGCCCUGCACAAAUUUGUGAUUGAUGUUCUGCCAACAUAUACAGAUGAAAUUUUGUCGGAAGAGAAGAAGAAAAAGGAUGCUAAAAAGAGGAGAAAACAGGAAUAUAGUGAUAAGAAAGCCACAAAUGAAAAACAUUCUUAUCAGGAAGAGUACGAGCUUAUUCAAAGAAAAUUUAUGAGGCAUGUCAUCACCAUGACUCAACAGCUUGACCUUCAACUGAUGCCACGAUUAUUUGUGUUUGAUUUUGUCCGAUCAGUCAAUAAACCAAAAGGUCCUGAAGUCCAGGCAACAUCUGUUGAAAGACCCAAAACAGCAUCCAAAUCCAUUCUGACUCGAGCCAGUAACUUAAACAAAGACAGAGUUAAGGCUGUGUUGUUGGCGGAUCAGCAGGAUGACGAUGAGGAAUGGCAGUCGGAGGACUUCUGUGUACGACUCCUGUGUGAACAUGAAGAGGGAUGGCACCUUGUCCCCAAGCCCCUCAGCCUGUUUACUAACACCGCCGAGGAAGUGAUUUCCACCAUCACAGAGGCUGCACCGUUCCUGGCCAGAUUCUACGCCAUUCUGAAGCAAAGUUCUGUCAAACUGAGGUGUCUCAACGGGAAAAUGGGAGAAAGCUUCAUGAACUUUUUGGACUAUAUGGUUCAAAUUGCUAAGGAGGGAAAGAGUACCUCCAACUUCCUGAAGGCUUACACCGCCGUCCACAAACUAGUGUCUUCACACAUUGACAAUGAGCAGUUUAUCAGGCAGCUGGACAGAUGUCACUUACCUAGUGGAAAGGUUGCAUGGCUGUGUGAGAAGCACUCCAAAGGAAACCGGAUCACCAAGCUAGGGGUGGGGUCCAUCAGUGUCCAUGGGCAGGGACAGACCAUUCUGAACAAGGAGGAUGAGCUGAUCAAGGAGCUGCUCAAAUCAUCGCCCCAGGCCGCUGCCCUGAUGGGUAAACCUGACCGGGAGGUCUCGUCCCUCAACAUGGGGAGACAGCCGUCCCUAGUCAGGGCGGAGCCUGAUGUACCAGUGGUGGAGGAAGAAAAAGUGAAAGUAGAGCAGAAUAGGGAUGUCAAGGUCAAUGAGAGGAAAACGUCUGAUACCAAGAAGACAACAAGGACUAAGGGAGAAGAAAAACCACCAACAAAACAGAACGGUAAUGUUAAUGCGGAGGUGAAAUCGCCCAGCAGCAGUGUUCCUCAAUCUCCCACCUCCAGCACAACCUCAACGGCCUCGACCAGCAUGGCUAAUGUAGCUGGAACAGCGAGGCGGCUACAGAGGAACUACUCCAAGUCCGGGAGACAGAAAAGCCAGGCGUGUGUGCUGCAAUAGGGAGGCUCCACAAAUAGGAGCAUUUUAUUAUAGGAAACUCAGAUAUAUGAACAUUGUGUCAUGUGAAAUUUAGAAAUACGAGCAAUGUUUUGUAUGAAACUCAGAAAUUUGACAGUUGUGUAAGUUUUGUUCAUAUUGUAUCAAUAUUUUCUGGUGACUUUUUAUUCACUGAAUCAGUGGCGGACUGUUUAUUGUUGUGUUUGUUUUACUAGUAUGUAGGUUUUUAAAAAACAACAACUUUGAUUAAUAACUUUUCUGUUGCUGAUAACAUAUAUUUAUUGAUUUAAAACAUUUUGAAAAAAAUGCCUAUGGUUCACAAAAACAUUCCAUAGAAAUCUUACUCAAACAAAAUUAAGUGUCUAAAAUCCAAAGAUUAUCAGGAUUUAGAAACAAUAACGGGCCUUUCAUGUAUUACUGCUCAAUGCUUGCUCGGGAUUUGAGGGGUAUAUAAAUUUUAACCUGAUAACUGUGAUACAGAAAGCCUCAUGAUAUUAAUUAUUUUUAAAUCUUAUGCACUGUAUUGAUAUUGCUGACAAUGUA